UGAAACAGCCAAACAAAGGCCAUAUCCAUCCUGAGAAAAAUCAUAUUAUGGGAAGGAGUCCCCUUAGGCUCAAGAUGGGGUAUAUAGAAGUUCCAGGGUUACAUAGCCAAGUCCCUUUCCUAUGCAGAAAAAGGGACAACUAAUUGGAUUUUAAAUUCUACAAUAUAUAUAUAGCACACAGUCUUCCAAUUAAUCCAAGGCCCAGUUGAGAGAGAAACAUAUGUCUGGCUAGUUUUGUUUUCUAUCCCACUGAGUAGAGCCUUGACAGAAGGUUUUGUCCUUAGCUUACUUAGCCCCCUCUGAGGGUGAAGGUAUACAGAUUUUCCUAAGCAUUUUGCAUAGCCAACAAAAUAAGUCUUUUUUAAACCUUUAUGUCUCAGUAAACAUUCUAAGAAGGAAGGGCAAGGUAUUCCUUGGAAUUAAGUGAUUUGUAUAGGCUCACACAUAUAGAAAGUGUCGGAGGCCACAUUUGAAUCCCAGACCUGGUGCUCUAAUCACUGUGUCACCUAGCUGCCUCAAUGAGAUAGAUUUUUGGGCUACAAUGAUACCCCCUCCCCCAACACAAAGAAACCACAUGAAUCAAAAGUGAUUUCUUGCUGAAGUCAGUGGACCUAUCCCUAUCCUUCCUGCCUCCUGCUUGCAUUAAGGGGAACACAGAGACUGUUGUUAGGCAGAUUUGGCUCCUUUAAGUAUCCUUGCUUUUGGGCUCUGGAAAGAGGAGAGGAAUCACCAAAGGGAUAUCCCUUGUCACAUGCCAUCAUUGUGUGUUCACUGUUCUGCCCCAGUUAUAUCUCCCCAUUGCUGCUGCCAAAAAAAAGUUAUUUAGACCUUCUGUAGACAGUGGAAGAGGACCAGAGGCUUACUUAGUCAUGACCCUCAGAAAUGGCUGAAGGCAUUAGAGGCCUUGAUCAGGUACCUUUGCAUGUCUGACUCUGUUAGGUACUCACAGGAAUACAGACUUGAAGGAUGCAGCUUGCAAGUCUUCAUAGAACACUCUUCUUACAAUAAAACAGCUUGUUUAGCAUCCCAAUUCUGUCAUUAGUUGUUCUACCUAAGCUUUCUGAGUCUCAGGAAGUUUCAAUAGAGAUGCUAUUUUACUUCUUCAAAUUCAGUUGAAAUUUCUGUGGCUGCUAGGUGCCAGGCAUUCUGCUAGAUGCUGGACAUAAAGAUGAAAAUGAAAUAAACCCUGCCUUCGAGGAGCUCCCAUUCUAUAGAAUAUUACAUGUAUAUAGAUGAGUUUAAUGUAAGGUAAGGAAUUAUGGGAACAAAAAGAGCUAAACAAAUGAUCCCAGAAAUUUUGAGAUAGAGAAAGAAGAUAUAAGUGCUUAAAUUCUACAAAUAUUUUUAUUGUUAUAGAAUUUCAUAGUAUUUGAUUGUGAGGGACCUUAGAGACUAUGUAGUUUUUAGUCUUUUGUUUUAUAAAUAAGGAAACUGAGGCUCAGAAAAGCAAUAUGACUUGCCUAUGUCCCACAUUUAAUUACAGAAUCAGACCCAAACUCUGGUCUCUUCAUUUCUUGACUGGGGUUCUUGACAUCUCCUAGACUAACUCUUUGCUAUGAUUCUGCUGGAGGAGGUUUAGAAUGAAACCACCCUGGCAAAUGCUUCCCUUGAAGCCUGGAUUCCUUGAGUCAUUCAUUGGGAGUCCCAGGGUUACCUGGGCUUCAAGGGUCUCUGUUUUCCCCCCCUCCCCUCCAGUUUUUUUCUACCUGGAGCUGAAGCUUGACUUGGUGUUUUCUGGAUUCCUGUGCAAACUGGAUUAAUCCCAGUUAGGUUUAUUUGGGAUCAUUUCCUAGGUUAGAAUUUUUUCAGUAUGGAUCUGGCCUUUGGCCUAGGUUGUUUUCUAGGAAAUGUACCAGGUAUUGGCCUCAGGAAGAGGUUUGAGAUGGGGCAAAUAUUGUUUGACAUAGAGAUUACAGAUAAGGUAAAACUGGAAGCAAAUUGCAACUCCCCAACACUACUACCUCUCCCUCUCCUCUCUUUUCCCCAGAGAUUGGUUGAGCCCUAAGGUAAGAAUCAAGAGCCUCUGUUGAUUUGAGUUUAUUUCUAAAAGAAGGAGAAAAUGUUCUGAAACCACCCGAGCCUGCAGCCUGGGAGGGCUGUAUUGGGUGGGGAGAAGCAGCCACACUGCCUAGGCCCUAAACUCUAGGGGGUGGUGUGUGCCUCAAGCUGAGUUUCCAUACCAGAAGCAUAAGCUGUGUUGAGUCAUUUGACCUGUAUCCUCCUUUCUGGUCAUUGCAGGGAAAGACCCCAAGCCUCUUCUCUUCCUUUCCUUGGCUUUCCUCUGUACUUUCUCUGGGGAGGAGCCAAGGAGAUGCGGCUUUCUCUUGGAGCCUGCUUUCUCCCAUCGCUAAGGCUGGUUAACUGGAGCUUCUGCUUUGUGAUUCCUGCUCCCUUCUCAUGGUGUGGAGUCAGCCUUCACCAUCAGAAUUGCUGUCCUGGGUCAGACUUGAAGGCGAUCUUUCUGGCCACCUCCUUGCCUACCUGAGCCUCAGCCCCAUCUUCGUUAUUGUUGGCUUUGUGACACUCAUCAUAUUCAAGCGAGAACUUCACACUAUUUCUUUCCUGGGGGGUCUGGUACUCAACGAGGGGGUCAACUGGCUAAUAAAGCACAUUAUCCGGGAGCCCCGGCCCUGUGGAGAUACCCACUCCAUGGUGAAUACCAAAUAUGGGAUGCCUUCCAGCCAUUCCCAGUUUAUGUGGUUCUUCUCAGUCUACUCCUUCCUUUUUCUUUAUUUAAGAAUGCAUCAAACAAACAAUGCCAGAUUUUUGGACUUGUUAUGGAGACACGUGCUCUCUCUGGGCCUUGUGACAAUAGCCUUUCUCGUCUCAUAUAGUAGAGUGUAUUUGUUGUACCACACCUGGAGCCAGGUUCUCUAUGGAGGGGUUGCAGGAAGCAUCAUGGCUGUCGCGUGGUUUGCCUUCACACAGGAGAUCCUCACUCCACUGUUCCCCAGGAUAGCAGCCUGGCCCAUAUCUGAGUUCUUCUUAAUUCGAGAUACAAGCCUCAUUCCCAAUGUCCUGUGGUUUGAAUACACAGUCACCAGAGCAGAGGCCAGAAACAGACAGCGAAAAUUGGGUACAAAGCUGCAGUGAGAGUGCUUGGGCGUGGCUGGGCCAGCCCCACAGAUCUGACUGGUAGGAUGCUGCCAUGGAGACCUCGACAGACCCAAGUCACCACAUGAAGCCUUUUUCUUUUUCUUUUUCUUUUUCUUUUUUUAAUCAACAAGAGGGACCAAAGGCCAGACUGGGGCCUUCAGCAGGGAUCCAGAGGCCUGGGUGUUGGCUUGGGUGGCUUGCCAGGCAUCCCCUCUGUCCUCAGGACCAGGAUGCAAAUGGACCUUGCCCAUACUACCACUGCACACUGAGAGACAGAAUGUACUCUAACAUCAGAGGCCAGAGGAAGGGGUUGAGGGUGGGAUGAUAGAGGAGAAAGAAGACAGCUUUCACCUGAGAGCUUGAGACAGGGUGGUUGGGGAAAAUCUUAACAGCCAAUUAUUUGUGUGGAGUUUAGGUGGUAUGAAAUAUACAUGCUAUUUAUUAUUUUUUCCUAAGAUUAAUUUGAUUUUUGAGUUGGGAGCUAGGGCUGGGGUAAUGCCUUUCUGAAGAGGAACCCAUUGAAGAGAGUUGGUUUCUCAGUGGCACAGGAAGAGUCUUAACUCCAGACUAUUUGGAUGACAUCAGUUCCAUCUAUCUGCACUUUGUAUGGAAGAAACAAAACUUGAUGGACAUUUUGCUUUGAACACUAGGAAGCAGCCUACCUCUCCUCUUAGUGUGGUUGUGGAACAUGGGGGCUUAUGGCAGAGCAUCUGGGGAAAUCAUCCCUUUCUGAUUCCUAUCUCUUCUCUGCUGAUAACAGCCUAUUAUGGUGGAUGCUGUUUCUGAGUAUUGUUCCCUGUAACACAGCUAUUUCCAUGUUUGGGAGAGUGAUAACUUAGAGAAACAGUGCUUCGUUGGUCUGGUUAUGACAUUUCUUGGCAGCAGUGAUCUCAUCCAAGGGCCUUCUCUGAUCCCUGGCCAUGCAAUGGGUUGUACCUUCUAUAAUGAAAGAACUUUUUUUUAAUGUUAUUUAAAUUGUAGACGGAAACCUGAGCUGUUUUACAGUUGUCUUUUUGUCUUGCCAUCAGGUAGCAAUUGCUCUUCAAUUCCUUUCACCUCUUCCCACUUCCAAUGUCCCAGCCACUUCAGAACCCCUACCUACCCACCCACCCACCCACUCAAAACAAAAAGGAAAGAACCUUGAGUUGAGCUAGGUGUGUCUGCCACCACCCUUCUUCCCCUGGUGGGCUCAGACACUUGUCUUUCCUUGAGACUUUAUUCCAAAGUGAAGUCUCAGCCUGUUCAUGGGGGGCUACUACAGACUGGAAAUAUGCUAGCUGAGAAUGUGUUCGAUCAGACCAGGUCUCAUGCUGGACAGAAGAACUUGGAUGUCUUGAAGUUGUCAUAAGAGUUAUUUUACUUGUACAUGGGUCUCUUGUUUUAAAGUUGCUUUUAAAUGGAAUCAUUGAGGGGAAGAUGUGUCUAAACCCCAAGAAACAUCUAGAAUUGAACUGGACAGUUUGGGACAUUUUCAAAUCACUGAAGAAAAAAAAUUGGUUUCCUGAGCUGCUGCUGCUGCUGAAGCACACCUUGGUGGUGCUUUUCUUUUCUCUUCUUUUGCAAAGACAGUAUCCCCAAUCCAUUCCAGAUGUCAGGAAAAUGGGCUUAUUUCCGGGGAAGUUAGGUCAGUCCCCAUAUUACCCUCUCCUUCUCAUUUUAUUUUUUGACCAGAGAUAAGCCAGAUGUCAGGUGGUUUGGAUUAAGACAAUAAAUAAAGUUGUUUACUAUUGUUUUAAAAUAAAAUAUGGAAAAUGAAUGA